AUGGAAACCGUGCAGCUGUUCAAGGCGAUGGGUCAACGCGUCGCAACGCUACCACCGGCGCAACAAAUCGAAAUCAUCGACACCGUCCGGCAGAUGAUCGACGCGUCGCAGAAGCUAAACCGCAGCGCGGCCCUCGCGCACGCUGAGUUCCAGCGCCCAACGCACUACAAUCUGGCGAAAAGCGUCUCCCAGUCGGCCGCAUCGCUAAACAGCACCGACGCGAUGGCAACGGCAGCAUCGCUCGUCUCCUCACCGUCCUACAUACUGUGA